CGUCAAAGCAUUUGACGGGAUGCACAGCAAUCAGAAGUAGUGUGGGCUAAUUACGUGCAAUUUGGCGUCUGGCGCCUAAUGGGCGUUGUUGCCGGCUUUCGCGGGAAGCAGACUGGCUGAUGGAUGGAACAAGAGAUGCGCCCCCCAUAACAGAACCCCCCAAUCUCAACACUCUUCCCUUGCCACAUCUAUGUAUAACCAUUUUACUUACUAACGGACCGACAUCCAUUUUCAACCUAAACGCCUCGGGUGUCCAUUCUGGCCAUUCAAUGCGGGAACGAUGUCGCAAGGGGAGCUAGAGCUGACCAGCUUCACGCGUCUGGACACAGCCGACUCGAAGGCUCAGAUUGUGACCUCUAUCUCCAACGUCUGGUCGCGCGCGCAACUGGAUCCUACAAGCAGCGCUUUCGAUGCCACAGCCUGGUUCAAACACUUUGCCGAACUGAGAAAUGGCGAUCACCCGCUGUACAAAGCCAAGAGAGGAGGCUUCUUGUUCAAAAAUCUCAACGUCUACGGGACCGUGAAAGCGGACGACUAUCUCCAUACCUUCGGCAACGCGCCCCUUCGUCCUCUCAGAGCCGUAACUAGGUUGUUUGGCCGAAAUGAUACCAUCAAGGUUCCGAUUCUGCGGGGGUUCGAGGGUAUCGUCAAUGAUGGGGAGAUGUUGGCUGUACUUGGACGGCCUGGUAGUGGCUGCACGACCCUCCUGAAGACGCUGGCUGGGGAGACACGAGGUCUAGAGGUGGGAAAACAAUCAGAGAUUUUGUACCAAGGGAUACCUCCGCAGACCAUGCACACCGAGUUCCGCGGGGAAUGCAUAUACACGGCUGAAGUGGAUGUCCACUUCGCGGACUUAACGGUUCUCGAGACCCUGCAGUUCGCCGCCGCUUGUCGGGCGCCCAAGAAUCUGCUCCCGGGCAUGUCUAAGCAGGAAUACAUCGACUAUGUCACGAACGUGGUGCUCAGAAUCUUCAAUCUCUCAAAAGCGCGGGACACCCGUAUCGGCGAUGCGAUGAUCCGGGGCGUCAGUGGAGGAGAGAAGAAACGUGUCAGCAUCGCAGAGGCAUUCAUAUCAUUCGCGCCAGUUCAGGCCUGGGACAACAGUACAAGAGGCAUGGACAGCGCGACGGCAUUGGAUUGCAUCCGCAACUUCCGCAUCUUCACCCAGACAAAUGGUGCAGCUACCAUAGUGAGCCUGUACCAAGCGUCUCAAGAUAUUCUCGACUGUUUUGAUAAGGUUACUGUGCUCUAUGAGGGCAGGCAAAUCUUCUUUGGCACCUGGCAGGACGCUAUCCGCUAUUUCCAUAAUCUGGGGUUUGAGCGACCCUCCAGACUUACAACAGGUGACUUCCUGACUGCGCUCACCAACCCGCAGGAAGCCAGGCUCUUGGUUUCGCCGGAUUGGACACGGCCUAUUCCUAUCACUGUCGAUGAAUUUGUCGAGGCCUGGCAGAACAGUGCGGAGCGACAAAAGCUGCUUAGCCAGAUCAACGACAAGCGCGACGAGUACUUGCACCGCACAAACGGUCUCCAAUGUUACCGGGAAGCACGGGCACUCGAGAAACACCCACGGGUAGGUGGUUCGUCGCCUUUUACUAUUCCCAUCGCAAACCAGGUUGCGCUUUGCCUGGGAAGAGGUUUCAAGAGGCUUAAAAAUAAUAUUGGAGUACCAAUAUCGUAUAUCAUUGGAAAUCUCGUCAUGGCCGCGAUUGUUGGCAGUGUAUAUCUCAACCUGCAGGAAUCGAACGAUGAUGUUUCCAAGCGGACCGUUCUCAUCUUCUUCGCUAUCUUGAUUAACGCCUUCAUGAGUGCAGCUGAAGUCUUGACCGUGUGGGAUCAGCGUCCAAUUGUCGAGAAGCAGACGAAACACUCUCUCUACCAUCCCUUGGCUGAGGCUAUCUCUGCCAUUAUCUGCGACCUCCCCGCCAAAAUAACUGCAUCUAUCUUCUUCAACCUGCUCUUGUACUUGAUGACCAACCUAAGGCGGACUCCUCAACAUUUCUUCACCUUCUGGCUCUUCACAUUCGUCUGUCAAAUGGCAAUGUCCAUGUUCUACAGACUUGAUGGGUCAAUGCACCAGACACUGGAGGCUAGUAUGGUUCCCGUCGGAGUCCUCGUCUUGCUGGCCAUUAUUUAUACCGGUUUUGUGAUUCCCAUCCCCUACAUGAAGCCAUGGCUGGCGUGGUUUCGUCAUAUCAACCCGGUUGCAUACGCAUUUGAGAGUCUCCUGAUCAACGAGUUCCAUAAGCGCGAGUUUCAUUGUGCACGUCAUAUCCCGGAUGGCCCCUUUUACGAGCAAUUUGACACGGCGUUCAAGACUUGUUCGGGCACAGUGGCUGGAUUAGCGAGCAAUAGCGUCCAGGGUGACUCUUAUAUUGAGGUAGUAUACAAGUACAAUUAUAUCCACCUCUGGCGGAAUCUGGGUAUAUUGCUUGCUUUCGUCAUUGUCUUCUUUGCUCUCCAUCUCUGGUCCAGCGAGAAAGUGGAGACCCAAAAACCCCGCGGAGACUUGCUAUUAUUUCUGCGCAAGCGUCGCCCUCAGUGGCAGCAGCCAGACGAAGAACUAAACCCGGCACCUGGAAAGAUUCACCACGAAACUCACAUCACCUCAGACGCCGGCCUUGUAAACCAUAAGUCAGUAACGCACUGGGAGAAUUUGUCUUACGAAGUGCCUGUAAAGAAGGGCAAGAAACAGAUUCUAUAUGACAUUGAUGGGUGGGUCAAACCCGGCACCUUGACGGUUCUUAUGGGCGCAACUGGGGCGGGAAAGACAACCCUACUAGAUGUAAUUGCCCAGCGUACGACCCAAGGCCGCGUCACAGGCAAUAUCAUGGUGGACGGCCGACAACGCGAUACAAGCUUCCAACGCUCCACCGGCUACGCACAGCAAAACGACCUUCACCUUCCUACCGCUACAGUCCGCGAAGCUCUCCACUUUAGUGCAUUACUUCGACAGCCUCAUAAACUUCCCAAAGCUAUCAAGACUGCAUAUGCUGAUAGAAUCCUCGAGCUUCUUGGAAUGCAAUCAUAUGCCGAUGCUAUUGUCGGUGUCCCCGGAGACGGCCUCAGCCCUGAACAGCGGAAACGACUCACCAUCGCUGUAGAACUGGCAUCCCGUCCCAGUCGACUGUUGUUCCUGGAUGAACCAACCUCCGGGCUCGAUUCGCAAACCGCAUUCAUCAUCUGCAACCUGCUGCGCAAUCUUGCUCAUGAGAGCGGACAGGCCAUUAUGGCAACCAUCCACCAGCCCUCUGCCAGCCUACUCGAGAUGUUCGACCAGAUCCUGCUUAUUAAUGCCGGACGAACAGUCUACUUUGGGCCCAUCGGGGAAGACUGUAAGACUAUGAUCAAUUACUUUGAAAGCAAGGGGGCACCGACUUGUAAGCGAUGGCAGAAUCCUGCAGAGUGGGUCAUGGACGUCUCUGGUGCAUCCCCAGGCUCCAAGAACACCAUUGACUGGCACAAAGCGUGGGAGGAAUCUGCCGAGAGACAAAAACUGAAACAAACUCUUAGCGAAAUGAGGAUCUCUUUGGCAGAGCGACAACCCUCGGAGACCGAAGAAGGCGAAUUCGCGACGCCGGUGUGGACGCAGAUAUACGUGCUCACGAAACGCACUUUCGUCGAGUACUGGAGAACUCCGGCGGCCAUUUACGCAAAACUAAUCUUCUACGCAGGCGCCUCGUUCAUGAUUGGUGUGUCAUGCCUCCGCUCUCCCAACUCACUGCAAGGCCUGCAAAAUCAGCUCUUCUCCAUAUUCCUCAUUUUCACCACUUUCAGCAACGUCCUUCAACAGAUCGCUCCUCAGUUUGGAAGCAGGAGAGCGCUAUACGAAGCCCGCGAACGUCCGUCAAAGAUCUUCUCCUGGACUGCGUUCAUCACCUCGAGCAUUGUCGUCGAAGCGGCCUGGCAGGUGUUACUGGCCACGAUUUCCUUCAUACUGUUCUACUACAUCACUGGCAUGGACCUGAACACCACCGAUGCAGACCGCCAUGAAAGAGGAUUUUUGAUGCUCUUACUCUUCAUUGAAUUCUUCCUCUUCACGCAAUCUCUGUCCCAUCUGCUCGUCGCUGCAAUCGAGGUCCCGCAGGCAGCAGUGAACAUGGGUCAGCCCAUCUUCUACCUGACCAUCAUUUUCUGCGGUGUGCUAGUCCCGUUCAACUAUCUUCCCGAGUUUUGGAAAUUCAUGUACCGCGUUUCGCCCCUCACCUACCUUACACGCAGCAUCUUCGCCGUCGGCGUCGCUCACCAGCCUAUCACUUGCAGCAGCUCGGAGCUCACUACGGUCAGUCGUGCUCCUGAGGGCUUUACCUGCGGCGAGUAUUUCAGCGAGUUUGUGAAGCAGUUCGGAGGAAACGUGGUGAAUGCAGAUGCGACCACCAACUGCGGGUACUGUCCGAUGCGCGACACAGACGAGUUUCUGAAGUUCUUCAGCAUGGAUUAUAACGAAAGAUGGCGCGAUUUUGCAAUCAUUAUGGUUUAUAUUGGGUUCAAUUGGAUGGCUACUUUUGCGCUGUAUUGGUUGGCGAGGGUGCCGAAGAAGCAGAAGAAGGUGGAAGCAAGCGCAAAGAAAAAUGCAGUUUGAGGAAGCGGGCUUCUUGGAUUAAUAUGUAGAUUACGAUGGUUUAUAAUGCGGCGUUUGAGACUUUCCAAAACAUGAUGACAGAUGUA